ACUUGAUAGAUUGUCUGAGAACAACAAAAUGGAGACGUCAGAGGCUAGUUCAAAUGCUGACCAUGAAAUGAAAACUCCAGACGAAGAGGAAAAUCAAGCAAAUAUCAGAUGUGUUCAUCUCUUUAAUUGUGAUCAAACUUACAAGCUUGAUGUGGUGGAGAAGCUGUUUAAGGCCAUCGAACCAAAACUGAACUUUGCCUUUUCAAUCCAGUCGCGUUACUUUGUCCUUCGAGAUAUGUCUCAGGUAUGUGAAAACAUAAUUCCAGACCAAAUCAAGGUGGAUGAUGUCGCUGUCUUUGUGGUCCAUGCACACGAAUCGCGUCUCUCCAUCAAUGAAGAAAACGCUGGCAUUGGAUAUGCAAAGAUCUACAAAGCCUUACUUCAAGCAACGGGUGAGAAUUCUGUUUAGAAAAAUUAAAAUCUGAAGGCUCAAUUAAGAAGUAAAUGGUUUCAGAGAAUUUUAGAGAUCACUCUUUCACGGGCUUGAAAAGAAAAUCCUCCCAAAUAUGUUUCACAGAAGUAUUCUAUGGAUUUAGAAACAAGGAAUAACAACAGAAGGCGGAAGUAUGUUGUGAUAGUGACGGACAGGUUUUCGUCGCUUUCCAUAAUUCAGUGUGCGUAACUCAGUGGUUUAAUAUACAUUUUAAGGACCUCUUAAUUUUAUUUUACAGGAAGAAAAUGUUAAAGGAAAAGUAGUUUAACUGUUGGAAAAGAGCUCGCCGAAAAUAUCAAAUUAUUUUAAAACUGUAGUGGACAUGUUUCGCUUUCACUUUCCAAAUACACGUAUCAAGUGGCACUACACGUCAUACACCCUAUGUGACCACAAAGAAAUAAUAGAUUAGGUAGCCUACGUGUAGCCGCCCCCUCCCCCCGUCAAAAGGAAAAACGGAGAGGGGGAGGGUGCGGCUACACGUAGGCUAUAGACUAGGGUGAGCAUCAGUAUUUGUCCCCCCCUCCACCCUCCACCUCCCCCUUAUCCCCCUUCCAAAGGAUUACAUAAACCGUACUAGGUCCUCAUGCCUCGUCCCAUUUCCUCUCCCUAAUACAUCGUAAAGGAUAUGACGAACUUAUGCAGGACCUCUAUUUUCAUGUCUCAUAAAAUGAUGCUCACUUUGCCAGCUUAACAGAAGGUGAUAAGCCUUUCCAUACAUCUCCAAUCAUAGCAAAGUAUGGCCAUCUAAAUAAAUAAAUAAAACUAAUGGCUUACACAAUUACUGCUUAGUCCAGUAGUUUACAUUGUGGGCCCAAUCUACAAAUAAUUCUAAGAUGUAAAAGAUAUCGUAAAAGGAAGUUAAAGAGUAGAAAAAUUGAAAAUUGUUAAAAAUAGUUACCUAAUUUAAUAGUACAGUACAAUCGAGGUUAAAAAUAAAAAAGGAACCUUAAAAUGUCCUUGUAAUACUAAAAUGUUUGCGACUUGCAUUAACGUUUAAGAAUUUCUCGGGCAAAUUUUUUUUUAAAGUUACUUUCAUUUGUCAUGUUUCUAAGCUUGUCGUCUAGACGAUUCCAGAGGUGAGUCGCGCUCGCAUGAAAUGUUCGUAGACCCGCGUUAGACCGGCAUUUCGGUACAGCCAAGGCAUUUUUAGAAGAUAGUCGAGUGUUAUAGCUAUGUGUAUCUUUAUAUAAGUUCUAUAACUUGUGAAAUAACCUGGACAUUCCUUGUUCACAAUUUUGAACAUCAUACACAGUUUCUUUACGCGUAUUAUGUCGUCCGAUUGGCAGCCACUGUAGUUUCUGGAAAAUUUGUGCGGAAUUACCUAAUAGCCUGGCAUCCAGUAUUGAUCUACUGCAGCGUUUUUGAACUCUAAGUAUUCUUAACAGCUGGGCGUUUGGGGCAUUACCCCAAACCGAGCAACAGUAUUCAAAGAUAGGCUUCACGAGUGCAUUGAAUAACAAUUUUCUGCAGCCUUUGUCUAACGUUUCAAAAAAGGAAAGAGCUCCUGGAUUCAAUGUAUUUUCGAAAAUUCUCAAUUCGGUUUCAAGUCCUACAUGUAAGUUUUUCAACUAGCUAAGUCGUGAAAUUCAAAACAGUGAAAGUAUCAGUUUGUUUCUGUUGUUCGGCAAAAGACUUUUAUUCCCUCUUUCUCAGUCAAAUAUAUUCUUUGUUGAGCUACAUGCCCUUUCUUUUUUCUCUUUCUUUUCUUUACUCCAUUUUUUCAUUUAGUACCCUUAACUCACAUGGUGUACCCUAUAGGCAAGUGCCAGGAGGCCUAUAGUGUAUAAGUCCCCGGCUUCUAUAGAGCCUUCCUUGUCAUAACCUGAUUCGCUCCUGUGAUUGAAGGGCUACUUUAUGUUGAAGAUUUCACCACUAACUGAUUUUCGCGUACAUGACCGUACAUGGAAUUUAUUUGCACUUGUAGUAGUAUAGUCAACUGAAAAAUUAAAUUAAUAUGACAAAGAAGGUUAUUACAACAGGAGGGCAUUUUGUAUGCACAUGCGUCAAUAUGGGCUGUUGAAGUGCCACUGAGGCAUUUUCUGUGAAUUGUUUACGUUCAGUACUAGCAUUUGCAGGCCGUUUUCUGGAGCUGAAUGACGUGUAUUGGGUGCUACAUUCCACAAACAUGUUCUUUAAGGUAUCGAGGUAUUUCUACGAUGAAAGUGAGUUUAUUGUAGCGUCGCUGUCGCCCUUGAGAGGACAGUCUUUCCUUUCGUAAAACAGUACAUCGAAGACAAGAUGGCGGCUGAAUGUUCUUACUACCUAACAUUUCGCACACAUUUUUUGAGCAGGAGGAAAAGGUCAGUAUGAUAGAUUGUCGUUAAACAAUUAUCCUAUAGAUACUUAAUUCUUCUCAAUAGUAUAACUCUAAAAUCGAACUUAAUCGUUUCAGGAAUACAGUGGUUAAAUAAGUGUCCAUUCUGCCGUGAAACUGUUUUUCACCCUUUCUCUGGCUUGUUUAUCUCGAAAUCUUGCCUUUCUCCCCAGAUUAAGUUAAUGAUUAAUGAAACUAAGAAUACUUCCGCGAAUGAAUGGCGCUUUGAUGAAGGCUGUGAAAAAUCGCCUUCUGCAGUAAUUUUAGCUUUCUUCUCCGGUACGUCUUCGUUGAGAAAUAAAAUACACGCACUUCAACUAUAAAUUUAAAUCAGUAUAAUGAAGGCAGUAAGAUUGUGUUUAGAAAAUAAGAAUAUUUUCUCAUUUAGUUAUACAAAGGAAAAAAAUUACAGCAAUCGGUUUGAAUUCUGAUUUUCUCCACCUUAUUUUGAUGGUACACUGUUUGUUUACAUUUCAUUAUGCAAAUAAAUAUAACAUUUUGGCGUUUUAAAGAAAAUCUAGCCUAUCUCCCCAACCCCAAAAUAGCACGAAAUGAAACGUUAUCAAUACACCUUUUCAGUCAAUCCUUGCUUCUGUUGCAAAAAAAUCGCAUUUAUUCCUAAAUGAUAUAUUUUGUGGAUACUACAUUUGUUGAUAUGCUAAUUUGUGAGACAUUUCAUUCACGAAGGAUGUUGACUGAGACCAGCCUCUCCUCUGUAUUGAACCACAUUCUUGUUUAACGUAUCAGUUUUUGCUUGAUAAUUCUUCCAUGAUGUACACCUUACAUAAGAGGUUCAUCUGGAUACAGUAAAAAGCUCUCAACAGAAAGAUUAAUAACAGACAAAUUCAUCCAUCCAUUUGUGUCAUGUUUGUUGUCGCAUCCCAGCUCAUUUGGGUCCUUUAGCAGAAGUAUUUAUUUUUUGAGGAAACAGUAUUAUAUGCACCCCUUUAACAAACUUCCUGUCUUAUGUUUAAACAGGCUUUGAAGGUGAACAACAUCGUCAGUUAGAUUUAUGGAGUGAUGGCCAUUCUCUGUUUUGAAUAGAUUACUACUGUCAUCAAAUAUAAAUUAAUAACAAGAAAUCAAUUGUGGGAGACAGGAGCUGUUACUCAAGAGUCGCUUCAAAAUAGUAGCUUAGGAAAAAUCUCUGUAUCUUUUAGAGUUAAAGAAAAAUAAAAGUACUGUUCGUUUUUUCGGAGUAUGUGCAUUCGUUUGUUUGCAACUGAGCUUAUGAAAUGCUCAAGUGAUUAUGUACUUGUAAUUGUUGCUUCAAACUCAAUCCAUUAUACACUUCCUAUAGGAAAAUAUUUUUUAUAAAUUUUUCCGCGAAAACUUUCAAAAAACUGUUAAAACCCCAUAGAUUUCAAGUUUUGUGGCAUAUAUAAACGCGUGUCUCCGCGAUCAGUUUAACAUGAGACAUCGCGCUAAUAAAUAAACCUCGCGUGGUAAAUUUUUUUUUGGAUUUUGUCUUAAAGCAGCUGAACAUUGCUACGAUGAAUUUCCUCCCUAAAUAAAACCACGAGUUUGGAAAUCAAACCAUAGAAAUGCAUUGCUUUGCCAGUGAAAAUCAGACUUAUACAGGACCAUGACUUUUGGCGUUGAGUCUUGUCUUUAAAGGCCAAGAAAACCUACUGCUGAAAAAUCUACCAGUGAAAACGCGCGUAGAAAACGUCCGAUUUUUGUCAUGGAGAAUAUUUUUUGUAGGAAAGUACGGUAUUCAAAGCACCAACGAAAUGGCUUUUAAAAGGACUGUAACUUUACGCGCGAGUUUUCGAUUUCCCGCCAUCAGAUUUGAUGCGCCUACGCUAUUGUCGUUCAGCGGAUUCACGCAUGCGCAUGCAAAAUGCCCUCCUGUUGGUUAUUACACAUGUCGAUUUCGGUUGAAGCGACGGGAAAAUAUUAUACUUACAAUUUGUGUUCCAUAUGCGGCUAGUAAGCUUCGAAGUGCGAUCUGUGGUGACACUUUUGAAAUGUAAGUUGCGUAACGAACUUCUAGGUUUUUAAAAUAAUUAGUCACCUGAUCUAUUUUUGCCGCGUUGCGCUGAGAUAAUUAAAUAUUCACAAAAAAAUUGACAAACGGCUUGAAAAAUGUAAAUCAUAACCACUAUGAACAUUUCAUUUGGUAAAUAAUUUCGUUAGAAUAGUGUCUAUUAUCUUUAAUAUAUUAAUAUAUAGAUUUAGCCAGGGCUAAAAACGAAGCUCGCGAUAAUAAUUAUAGUUUGCUCAAACAAAAUAUAAAAUCAUGUUAAGGUGAUGUUACACGAGACGAUUCGCAACGACGAUUUUCAGCCCAACACAGCGUUGCAACAUUGUUGCGACAUUGUUUCGAAUAGUUACAACGUUGUUCCAACAUUGCAACGCUGUGUUGCACUAAAAAUCGUCGUUUCGAAUCGUUUCCUGUAACAUCACCUUUAUGCUGAGCGGCGAAGGCAACGAGAACGGUGAAAAAACAACUUUACACGUGCAGCACACUUUUUUUGUACAUUUCUUUGCCGUUGUUUUGCACGACUACAACGUGAAAUUUCCAGAAACUUCCUAGUUACACGUUUUAUGGAGGAAAUGUCGUACCUGUUCUUGUUCACUUUUUUUCACUCGCUCAUUUUCACUUGGUGGUCGCUAGAAUUUCUCAUUUUCUCACCGCCGCUAAAACAUUUUAAUGUUGUUCUUCCAACAAACGGCUCCUUAUCUUCCGCUCUAGCUCUCUGUCGCUCUUUUUCUCGUUGAGCUUCGCUGGCCUGUCGCCCACUUUAUUUUUUCUCUGUAUUCCAAAUUUGUGGGCAUGACAAUUAAUUAAAGCUUAAUACUUAAGACAACACGGUCAAGGAAACAAUUUCCGCUUUCCGUUUUCGUUUUUAUUGAUCGACUCUGUAGUUGUCUCUGCUUUACAAGACGCGAUUUCCCGCCAAAGUAACCUCGAGUUGCAUUUGGGUUGCCAUACCUGUUGGUUGAGUUAUUUUACAUUGGUAUGCCUGUGGUGCGGACGGACGGUCGGUCUGGCGUACGGUCACGUGAUUGCCAAAAUUUCUCGGAUGGGUAGAUUACUAAAUUUUCUUACCCAUGGUGCUCCACAUCGCGCGCGUGGAUCUCUGCUAUAAAUUUCUUGUAUAUUGUUAAUGUAUUCUUAUGUGGUUAAUGGCAAAAUUAAUGAAUAAAUGUAUUGUUUAUUUGAUUAUUAUCAUAAGCGUAUGUAUUGUAAUUUUGUUGUUGUUUGAUUUUCGGUUUUGUCUCAUCUGCUAGGUAUUUAUAGCCAAAUAUAUAUUACGACGGAAUCCACCAGGACAUCGAGAAAUUUUGAAUUUCAGUGGACAAAAAUCUUGUACCGGAAUAAUUUAAAGCAUAUUGCAUUCUUUCUUACAUUUUUCGAGGGCUAAAGAUGUGAUGAAUCAUCUGUACUAACAACAACAAAAAUUUCUCAUGGGAGCCCGAGAAAAUGAAAGUCAAAUUUCACAGAAUUACAUCUUUCACAUGAAAUUUUCAGAAUUUUUUGCUAGUGUGUUAUCACAAUUCUUGUGAAAUUUGACAUUCAUUUUCUCGGACUUCCACGAGAAAUUCUCUUUGGUGUUACUACAGAUUAUUUAUUACGCCUUAAACCCUUAAAAAAUGUUAAAAAGAAUCCAAUACAAAUUAUUCUGGUACAAUGUUUUUGUCCACUGAAAAUUAAAAUUACUCAAUUUCCUGGUGGAUACCGUCUUAAAACCUUUUUUGUAACUAGACCUAUACCUCUCUUUGGAGGGUAAGGCGCAAUAAAAGUUAUUCCACACAAUGAUUUCACCGUUGACAAAUGUAUUCGAACAGAAGUAAAAAUGAUAGUAAAAUCCGAGCUCAAGUUUCUUAGUUUCAAAACGAGGUUUCGUACUCGGUACCUUACUUGUGGUAUUUUGAAGGGAUUGGAACUUCUUUCAUCAUCUUAUAGGAGAAAAAGUACUUGUUGUUAUCGGUGGUGAUGACAGCUACAAGGACUCUGCUGAGGAACAAAGCUCCUUCUUGUCGCGCUGGGCACGGAGAAAAAUUUCCUCUCAGUUUAGCGAGGAAUACUUGGAUGGAAGGAAAAGCUUCAUAUUUUCAUGGGACAAACAACACAGAUCAAUUCACGAGGAAGCACUAUUGCAUUACUUUAAUCCUGAUAAAAAGGAUGAGAAAUUUGUUCCCGAAAAGAAGGGAGAUGAAGUACCGGUUACUCAAGUGGUUCCCAUACAGGUAUACUGUGUUUUUGUACCUUGUUACAAGUGAAAUUUUGGGACUCGUUAAUUAAAACCUCUGCUACCCCUAGUUCGCUCACUCCAGUGUCGCGGUGACAACAUUCCCAGUUUAGAUUGAACGAAAAGGGGCGGUUACUCACUCAUUCGUUUGCUCAGUGCUGACUUAUUUACCAUUUAUUUCUUUACUUUCUUCUUAGAAAGUCGAAACUCAAGAAAGAGCUGAGGCAGAUGUAAAACGCAGUAGGACAGAGGGACAUUCCUCGGGCAAGGUUCAAACAGAAACAGAAGCCUUGCAGACAGGUGAAAAAGGACGCGAAGAAACUGAGCUACAGCAGCAAGAGGACGAAAAAGCACAUUUGCCACAUCCUAGCAAGACGGAAGAAAAAGACGAAAAUAUGGCGGAUGAAACUGAAGAGUACGUUAUCGUACAAGGUAAGAAGGAUUUUAAGUGUGAAUGUGCCAAAUAGUAAAAAAGGGGUAGCCAAACAAUAAUAAUGACAAUAAUAAUUUAAUCUUUCAUUGAUAACAAAGAUAUAUUGUAACUAUUAAAACCUAAUUACGAUUAAUUUCGUUUAAAAAUCUAUUCAGUCAAAGCACUCUUGAUUUACAAAUCAUUUCGAUUAAAAAACCUCUUAAUCUCAAUGUUACAAACUUUAUUUAAAUUAAAAAGCUAUUUUCAAGCGCAGACGUAUUCUAACUAAAAAAGGAAAUUAAACGCCUAGCCGAGAAGCUCUCAGAAAAGAAUGAGGAACCUUAUCACGUUACUAUUAAUUGGAUUAGAACAUUGCUUUCUUUUGAGAUUUUAAGGUCGGUACACACAUGCGUAAGAGGUUCCAAGAUACCCUUCCAUAAGAUUCCACAAGGGGAUUUUAUUGAUGACUGUGGCUAAACGCUAGCCUAGCGUGCAGUGUCCGCUAAUUUUAGAAAGUGAUAAUGGCGUGAGCUUGUAAAUUAGUGUUUUAGGAUCUUUUAAUAUUUUUAUUUCGUCAUAUGUUAAUAAAGAUUUUUGUUUAUUUUUAUUAAUAAAAAGGAAAUAAAAUAGUGAUAAUAAUAACAAUAAUAAUGAUAAUAACAACAACAAUGACGCUGAAAAUGAUGAUGCUGAUGAUGAUGAUGCUGAUGAUGGUGAUGGUUUUGGUGGUUUAUUAACAGUAUUUUUAGUAUAACAUGGCUCUACAUUUAGAAUAAAUGAGAAAUGAUAAAAGAAAUAUAUGCGAUAUAUGUAUUGUUGAAAUUAUAUCGUUACUUACAAGUACUAGUACUGUUCAUGGUAAAUUAAUUCAAAUACUAUAAUUAUAAAAAAUAGUCUUUUCAGGCCUAGGCCAAACGUCGACUUUCCAUGAGACGAACCAAACUUGGUGAGUUAAGUUCAUGAAAAGUUCGACGUCUGGCUCAGUUAGGUUCGUCUAAAUGAGUUGAAUUAAAUUGUGAUUCUGCAUGUCCAUUUGGGGGAGUCGCAAAUAGUCACUCUCACUCGCCCGUUCUCUCGCCACAAAAGGAGAGCAUGCUAGCAGGCUAGAAUGAAUUUGGAUCGUCGAACACGUUCUAUUCGUCUGCUUCAGACGGAUAGAACGUCUGAAGAUCGUCUCCGGGUUAAACGUUGAUCUUCACAAGCGAAGAGCUAAACCAAAAAUUAAACAUGAAUGAAUGACAAUGUAUACUUAGCCUCGUUGGGGAAAUAAUUUCUUAAAAUGGCUUUUUGGUCUGAUUCAGUUAAUUGGUUCGUUCGACGUCUGACCCAACAGACGAUCUUAACUUCCUUAAUAUCCUAUUUAACCUAAUCACAUCAAAUCCCUCUUUGUCAUAACAACGUCUUUUAAAACAGAGUGGAUAAAAAUGGGAGAUAGCAGGCCUCGAACCAUGAGUCCCUUUGACUUCUAAGGUUACGCUUUACGGCACGUACGAGAACAAUAGAAAGGAUCCUACCAUCAUUCUUACACAGGCGAUAGUAUGGAGCGUUACUGGCAUGGCUAUAAACCAGUAAGCUCAAAAAGAAAAAGUAAAUUCUGACUGCACUCUUUCAGAGUAGCGAAAGCAUAGUGAUCUACUGUGGCUAACAGUUUCUAAUCUUAGAUUUCUUGGCCAAUGUUCAUAGUGCAAAGGCUUUUGGGCUUCUUUAAGUAAAUUCCAGUUCCGUUGCUCGCUGAUUGGUAACCAACUUCGUUUAGGUAUCGUAUUCACGGAGUUCACAUAGCGACCCGUGACAAAGCUGGCAGCUGAAAAAUAGACACCGACGCCUUUGAGUUUCGAUCGAGCCGAUUUUCAUCAGGCGGAGGUAAAAAAAUAUCACUCAAGUCUAGGUUUGAUAGAACUAAGGAUUCAACAAGUUGUUUCCUUUUAAGCGCGUCCAAGGUACCAUAACGUGGAGUAGCUAAUUCGUUAACAUGGUAACCCAUUUGUGGUUAUUGUAGAUGCGCACCCCAAACAACUUAUUGAGCCGACACGCUUUAGCCUGUGCACAGACACCCCCUCUCCUCUGCACCCCCUCUCCCCCUCUUCAUUAAAAGGGUCUUUGAGGCGACGUUUAGUUUCUCCAAUAUAUUGUAGAUUACACAGGCGACAUUUUGACUGAUCACGAUCUUUUUGGAUCCGACGUUGAGCAAGAUGGAUCGUACACGGUUUUUGCAGUGGCUUUUUUCCCUUAACUAAACAUUGCAUUUUGGUAACAAGCUGUGGAUGGAUCGAGGUUAUCUGCAAAUCUGUCACAUACAAGUUGAAGAUCGUCUGCCUAAGGGUGGACCUUUGAGGCAAAAUAACAAAACGUCCCUUCAACCAUUUGAGACUCUUCCCGGUCCAAAAAAUCAAUGAAUACAUAACCCCUUAUUUUUUACCUUUUUUUAUUUUGUAGCAGAGGAUUCUUUGCCAAAAACAAAACCUAAACGUGCACGUGUCGAAGGAAUGGAUACAAGUCCACCACAGGAAAGGAUAGCGAUCCUUAUCCGGGACGAGUCUGAUAUUAAUACCAUAGAGGAAGUGUUUGGUGGUGCAGUCUUACUGAGUAUUAUUCCUGUCACAGAUCCGCGCGUUAUGAAGGAUUUACUCCUAUUGGAAAAUACGCCACCAGUGAGAUCCUGUUUUAUUAUUGUUGAAUCUACAAAACUAGAAGAGGAACUGCUGACGAAAUCAAGCAGUACAGUAUAUCAAGAGCUAUUGAAAACUACCAACAGGAUUGUAGGUAAGAACAUUUCCUCACACUAUUCCCUGCAUACUCGUCGUUAUACCCAGAGAUUCAGGAAAGGGGCAAGGCGCUCCCGCUUCCCUUGUUUGAAUUUGAAACCAAUUUACUUUAAGCCCAUAUUACUUGUCGUGCAUGUAGAAAUUUUACGCGUCAUCUCUUGACAAAAACAAUGAAAUUAAACUUAUAAGGAAGUGUUCUGAAGAAUUGUUUGAAAACUGUUCUGGUGUUCUUUCUUUGAAAGAAAUGUACAUAAAAUUUAUGACAUCAAAGAAAGAGGUGUUCUGUUUCCGAUGAACUGAACACUCCAGUACAACAGUGUUCAACGUGCAAUCCAGGUAGUUCAAGGUUCUGGUCUCACUGUGUGCCCUGGCUGGACUCGUUGCCAAUUGGGUUUCGUAACACUAACUAUAAUGUUUGAUUUGAAUCAUCGGUUUCAGUCAUUUUAUUGCUCUAAUUCACAAGGUUUUGUAUUAUAAAAACAUUCGGGGGUAAAUAGAGUUUAUUUUGUUUAGCGUCAACAAUAUAGAAUCCAAUUUCCAGUUUGUCUUUUCCUUUACAGAGAAGAAGAUUCUUGUGAUCAUUUGCAGUAAAGGCAAAAGCCUUACUCCUGGUGAAGAAGAAAACAUCAGAGCUACAAUUAUGGGACUUCUCGGCAAAAAAGGCUUAGUUUUUUGGUGCAAGGAAAAAAACAAAACUAAGCGAUCAAGUUUUAGUCGAUCACACUCUCUUCCAGCUAGUGAUCCUGCUCCCUCAACGCAUGUAGAACGUCCCAUAAACCCUGAGGAGUUUACUCUAGUUUUCAAGACCCGAUUACGCCUUGGAAAGAUUUCGUACGAUGAGAAAGACGUGAAAGUAUGGUUGGAAGGAUGGAGAGCUUCUCAGGAGAUGGUCGAAAAUUUGUUGACAAAGUGGCACACUGUCAGCAACGUUGAAUUGUCAGUAUACCGCGAGAACAAAACUGGAAAUGAGAGCACAGUGGUGACUGAGGAUUUGAAAAGCCGAGUGAGUGGACUGGGUGAAAGCUUUAAAGGUGCUUUAGGGCGCGUCGGGCUGCCGAGCUGUGUCGGGGAAAAAGUCGCUGACGGAACAAACGCCAUUGGGGCCGGCGUCACGAGUGUUACAGAGGUCUGGGCAGACGUAAUUAACGUCUUGGGUGCCAUCACGCAGGUCGGGUCAAACCUGAUGAGUGGGAGCGUGCCUGGUAUCGAGCUCCCUGAGUCGAUUGCAAGUGAAGAGGGUCCCCCCGAUGGAUGUAGUAACAUCUCUUCUGCUGACCGUGAUCCACUCUCUCCUGACUAGAAUAAGAGGAACGUAUAUGGGAGUGACAGUAAAUGAGCAAUAUCUUGUGAACAGCUUCACGUAGUCUACUUAUUUGAAAGAAAUUUGACAGAAUAAAGGAUUACUUACAUUACUGUUUAUGUGGCUUCAGCGCAAGGGAAAUUAAAGUGCAGACUCCAAACAUAAUUUUUAAGUGCUGAAUUUUUUAAAGUCCAAAGAAGUGGUUAUAUUAAUUAACAUAAAAAGUGUGAACUAAGUGCAUGUCUUUGGCUUAGGCUGGCGCUGAGUAGAAAAAGAAGUUGAGUCGGUAAAACUUGAAAAUUAAAAGUUCCUUCUUCAAGUUUGAGUGUUAUUUAGGGGAAUAAGAAAAAUUGCGAUCAAAAUGCAAUGAAAAUAAACAG